CACGAGGUCUGAUGUGCCUGACCUCUCACAAAUUUCCAUUGUCUUGAUGUUAAUCUCCAGCACGUGAUUGGCUGAUGCACCCGACGGUAUAUGAGGGGGUGACGGUUUGGUCUGCCCUGCAAUUCCGCUGCCCGUCAGGGAAGAUGGCAUUAAAGUUUGAAGCGUCCUGUCCACAGGGCCUGUGUCCCGGGUGGAGUCUGAUCAUAAAGGGAGAGACAGGUUCCGCUGAGAAUGACUUUGAAAUCAACUUUCUCACAGACUCGGGGGACCAGAUUGCUUUCCAUUUUAAUCCUCGUUUUUCUGAGGGCAGCAUUAUCUGCAAUUCAUUCUUAUCAAGCCACUGGGGACAAGAGGAGCGCACAGAUACUUUCCCCAUGGAACCAAAUGAGCCUUUCCAGAUUGAAAUCUACUCCGACAGAGAGAACUUCCAGGUUUUUGUAGAUGACAGUAAGAUCAUCCAGUAUCGGCACCGCAUGAAGCAGUUUAAUGCCAUAACCAAACUGCAGAUUCUCAAUGACAUCCAUAUCUCCUCCGUGGAGAUCGCAAGACGAGAGCUGUAUGAGUAGCUGGUGACCAGAACCAAACAUUGCCCAAAUAGAUAAAACAGCCAUUCUGUGUUAGGGAUAUGAUCUAAAGCAGGGGUUAGCAACCUUCGGCACUCCAGUUGUUGUGGAACUACAAUUCCCAGCAUGCUCCAUUCAUUUCUAUGAGAGUUCUGAGAAGAGCACGGCAAGUAUGCAUGCUGGGAGUUGUAGUUUUGGAACAGCUGGGGCCCAGAGGUUACCUACUCCUGCUCUAAAGUGAGGGGCGUAGCUAAAGGCUCAUGGCCCUGGUGUAAGUUCUGCUCCCCUUCCCCCAGUGCUUUUUGGCAAAGGGCAGGGGAGCACAUAGCCUUCCUGCUGCCUGAGGCCAAAAUUGAAAUGGCAACCCCCCUACCCCCAUGCCAAAUUCUUGACCUAACCCCUUCCUUCCAGCUAGAGGUAUAACUUGAA